UUAACCAGACCGGAAGUUCGUUGAUAAAGCGCCGGCGCAGCCACUGUGUAUUCUCGUGUCACGUGCGCGCUCAAUGUAUCUCUUGUUCAAUAAUCUGCAAUGUUUAUAAAUCAUCCGGUUUAUCGGAAUAUCAAUCAAUGAUAUCGGCGAAUAUGCAUUUUGUAUUUUUUUCAUUUCUUUCCUUCUCCCGUUCUUCUGCUUCUUCUUCUUCUUCUUCAACGUCUUCUUAUCUCUCGGUUAUUUCACUGUCCUGUCACUUGGUUCGAUGAUUCCGGCAAAAUGGUUGUUGGAGAAAAAGCUAUUUUCGUGAUGUUGAUCGUUCUCCUAACAUAUCCAAACGAUAAUUUUGGUGGCGCCUUUCAACCGGAAUUCGGUGGUCCGAUUGCGAACCUCACAAUCCCGUUGGGCAGAGAUGCAAUGUUUACUUGCUUGGUCGAACAUCUCGGAGGAUACCGGGUUGGUUGGAUAAAGGCCGACACAAAAGCCAUCCAGGCGAUCCACGAUCACGUGAUAACCCACAAUCCCCGGGUCUCAGUGACCCGAAGCGAUCAUACAAUGUGGAAUCUUCACAUAAAGGGUGUUGAACUCGAAGACGCUGGAUUGUAUAUGUGCCAAAUCAACACCGAUCCCAUGAAGAGUCAGACCGGCGUUCUCUCAAUCGAAGUUCCGCCGGAUUUUAUAGCGGACGAAACUUCCGGAGACGUAAUGGUUGGUGAAGGUGGUCAGGUAAAGCUGACUUGUCGCGCGAAAGGCGUACCUCCACCGCACGUUAUUUGGAAGAGGGAGGAUGGCAAAAACAUCGUCAUGCGCGAACCAAUAUCUGCGAAUUCACCGAACCAUCAAACUCGCACGAUCUCCGUAAAGGAAUUUCACGGUGAGGAAUUACAUCUAACGAAGGUGUCAAGGAAUGACAUGGGGGCGUAUCUAUGCAUAGCGAGUAAUCGAGUACCACCUUCCAUCAGUAAACGUAUAACGAUCAACGUUCAUUUUUCACCGGUAAUUCACGUACCUAAUCAACUUGUCGGCGCGCCGUUGGGCACUGAUGUCCUCUUGGAAUGCCUCGUCGAGGCAUCACCAAUGUCGAUCAAUUAUUGGGUCAAGGACAACGAAGAGAUGAUUAUCACGAGCGCCCGUCACGAUGUUCAAGUUUUCCAGAAGUCGGCGUUUCAGGUUCGUAUGAUGUUGACUAUACGAAAUCUUCAGCUACAGGAUCUUGGAAAAUAUCGGUGUGCCGCGAAAAAUUCUUUGGGUGAAGUGGACAGCAGCAUACGGUUGUACGGUAUAUCAGGCCCAACGAAAACUCAGACGGUCGGACCACCGGCGUUUUAUGAUGACGAGGACGAGGUCUCCUUCGGCUCGGCCGAUACCGACAAAAUAGAUUCGAACAACAACCAUUACAACGCUAAUAAACUAUAUCCGGUUGACAAUACGGUGAACGGGCACGUUAGUUAUCCCUCAGCAUCGAGUCCAACCCCAACCGUGAAAAUGAAUAAAAAAAUCCGCUCGGGACUCGAUCAUAUGUCAUCCGUUGGAACUCGAGAUUUCGCCUGUCGCAUUAGCUUAAUGCUCCUCGCAUUCGUCACGAUCGUUGGAUUCAGGCGGCUCUGAAGAUUGAGACCCGACACCGUGAAAUCCUUGCGAAAAUACGCCCAUACACACAUAUACGAACAACGAGCCGUUCGCAUAUACACGCUAUGUACAGAUGUGUGGGCACGCCUACCUUUGUGUAUUGAAGUAAAAAUUUAAGGGGGCGAGUGAGCAAAGGCGCGAAUUUGAGUUAAAUCGCCAGCCUACCACUUUUCACCGGGGUGUCUCGAGUGCCGCCUGCCCAAGCAAAGCUUCGAAUUUAUAUAUGUAUAAAUAUGUGUUCUCUCGUAGACAUACCUAUAUAUAUAUUUGUGCAAAAGAACGAAAGAUUGGUACGAGCAGAUAGUGAAAUUGAGCUUAUCUUGCCAGUUGGCGGCAAGCUCGACGGGGAGAGUACAAAAAAACCACACUCGCGUAUACACCUUCACACACCACAUUCGGCUCUAAAAUCUGCGUGAAUUUCGCCGAAAUAGAAAUUAUAGGCUUCCUUUCGACGCUAUGAACCGCCGAUCCGUCGAUGAAUUAUAUGCUUCCUCGGGAUAUUACCGCGCGAAUUUAAUGUUUACCUAUGAUAGAUCUAAAUUUCGGAAGAUAAAACAUUUUUAUUUUCGGUGUGUGCAUGCGCGUGCGUGAUUUUGAAGAGAUAGCAUAACUUCUGAAUAUUGAAGGAUUUCUUACAACACCUGCAUCGGGGUACCGUUUUCAUUGCUGUUUCGUUUGGAUCUAGAAUAGCAAUCCUUCUAUUCUUAAGGAGGGUGGCUACCGACGAUACAAUGUUGCCAUGCUAAACCAUGUUAAAUACAUUAAAAAUUUCAAAAUGAUAAGAAUUUAAUAA